CUUGUGGAUUAAGACAAGAGGUUGGGAAUCAAAAGAAACACAUGAGUUCCAUUAACUUGAAGCUGUUAUCUCUGUAUCUCUCUCAAGUCUCAGGGAAUUAAGUUUAUAGACCCUUUGUGAGGUCUAAGCUUGUAUGGCUUGCAUCAAGGGGAAGGUAUUGCGUAAGAAGCUUUUCACAAACUACACAUUCCUUGCGUCAAACUGCAAUAUACGUCUCUAUAAGUAUGCAUAUGUUAGCUUUCCAUGGCCAUGCUCUGAUUUAUAAAAUUUCUCAAGGUAAAGUUCUACUCGAUAUAUAUUAGUUUUAUGAAACCAGGGAGCAGCAAGCAAACUCUGUGCCUAUGGGACCUGCGGUGGAGUUGUGGAAGGAAAGAGAGAUGGACAAAACGAGAAAGAAGUACGAGAAGCUAAGCGAGAAGAUUAUGUUAUGGGAAGACAAGAAGAAGAAAAAAGCAAAGAGAAAGCUUCAUAGAACAGAGAGAGGUGUUGAAAAGGAAAAGUUGAAGGCGAAGCAGAGGUUCAUAGAUGAUAAUGAACGCAUUGAGAUCAUUGUUGCAAGUGCAAGAACACAUGCAUAUGAGAGUCAAUUGAAGGAAGAGUUGAAGGUUAAGGAGAAAGCAAACCUCAUGAGAACAACAGGGAGGAGUCCAUGUACAUGCCUUUGAAUACUGCAAACUGCAAGAAAUGUGAAGCUAAACAUUCUUUCUUAACUGCUUAGAAUUAUUGUUGAAUAUGUAAAAGGCAGACACAACUGAGGUGUUAAUCUAUAGAGUAUUAGAGAGAUAAUCAAACAAAGCAAA